AUGGAAGAUAAAGGAUCGAAUCACUAUGAUCAUGACCCUCUUCUUCUCACUGACGCUUCUUUUCAACAACAACAACCAGAAGGAACCGUUUCCAAUAGGGUUUUACAAACAUCAUUUAGCUCUCUGAAUUCAGCUAUGGCGACAGAUCCUCAAUCCUCUGGAUUGUCGCGGGAAAAUGAAAGUUCUGUAAGGAUCAGUGUGCAAUUCGAUGAUCCAAUUGUGAAAAGUUUGGUUGACGACGUUUCUGAACGGUCGAUAUUAGGGUUUUCUACUACUUCACCGGAUUUGGUGAUCUGUUCUGGCUCACCGGAUAUUGCUGGAAUCAGUUAUUGUGACUCUCCUGUGAUGUUGAAGAACAAAAAUUGCUGCAAUUUGGAUUUGUCUAUGGAGCUUUCUUUUGAGAAUGGAAUCAAUGAGUCUGAAGUUGAAGUUGUUUCUAAAGUUCGUAAGACUCCAACGGUUAAGUUUUCGAAUGUGUGUCAAACUUUUGAACCAGAAGAGGAAUUACUAUCACCUGAAGCCUCCUUUGAGCUUCAUCAAACUCCGGUAACUAAAGUCGAGUCACUGCAAGACUACUCUCCAGGAGAUAAUGAAAUGUUGGAAGAUGAUGGAGUGUCUCAGGAAGCAGAAUUGGAGUUCUCACAAGAUUUUGAUGAUAUUGGAGUAGAAGAGAAGUUUCUGAAGCUGAAAAGAGAUUUUGAGUGUCAGACGAAAGAGCUGGCAGUAACAAAGAGGGAGUUGGGGGAGCUCAAGACGGAGAAUCAUAAAAAACGUAGUGAAUGUCAAGAAGCUUUGAACUCCUUAAAGGAGCUUCAGAACGAGCUAAUGCGCAAGUCAAUGCACGUGGGAUCUUUAGCAUUUGCUAUUGAGGGGCAAGUGAAAGAGAAAAGUAAGUGGUUUACAACACUGAGAGACAUGACGAGGAGAUUGAAGAUUAUGAAAAUGGAACACAUUAAGCUAUUAGAGGAAGCAGAGACAUACAAGAAAUAUGAAGCAGAUAUAAGCGAAUUGGGACUCAUUAUCAAGUCUAAAAUGAAUGAACAACUAGAGUUAAAUGAAGAUCUCAAGUCCAAAUAUAUAGAAGGGACUAAGAUUCAAAAAGAGCUUUACAAUAAAGUAUUAGAGUUGAGAGGAAACAUAAGGGUCUUUUGCCGGUGUAGGCCGCUCAAUGCCGAAGAGAUAAAAGGAGGAGCCACAGUGGCCUUAGAUUUUGAUUCUUCUAAAGAUGGCGAGCUUACUGUUAUGUCAAAUGCAUCUUCAAGAAAGACUUUUAAAUUUGAUGCCGUCUUUGGUCCUCAAGUUGAACAAGCUGAUAUCUUUGAGGACACUAUACCAUUUGCAACCUCAGUUUUAGAUGGAUACAAUGUAUGCAUUUUUGCAUACGGACAGACUGGUACAGGAAAAACCUUCACAAUGGAGGGAACAGAAGAGGCUCGUGGAGUUAAUUUCAGGACUCUAGAGAAAAUGUUUGAUAUAAUCAAGGAAAGACAAACCCUCUAUAGUUAUGAUAUCUCCGUAAGUGUCUUGGAAGUGUACAAUGAGCAAAUAAGAGAUUUGCUGGUUUCAGGUAAUCAUCCAGGAACGUCUGCAAGAAGAUUGGAGAUAAGGCAAGCUGGUGAAGGAAUGCAUAUUCCAGGUUUGGUUGAGGCACAUGUGAACAACAUGACUGAAGUGUGGGAAGUCCUACAAACUGGUAGCAAUGCAAGGGCUGUAAGCUCAACCAAUGCGAACGAGCAUAGUAGUCGAUCUCACUGCAUUCACUGUGUCAUGGUUAAGGGGGAAAAUUUGGUGAAUGGAGAACACACUAGAAGCAAGUUGUGGCUUGUGGACUUAGCUGGCAGUGAAAGAGUUGCAAAGACAGAAGUACAAGGGGAUAGAUUGAAGGAGACACAAAAUAUUAAUAGGUCUCUUUCUGCACUUGGUGAUGUCAUUUCAGCUCUCGCAACUAAAAGUUCACACAUCCCUUUCAGGAACUCGAAGCUUACACACUUGCUGCAAGACUCAUUAGGAGGAGAUUCAAAGGCACUCAUGUUUGUACAAAUCAGUCCUAAUGAAAACGAUUUGAGUGAAACAAUUUGCUCUUUGAACUUUGCUAGUAGAGUAAGAGGAAUAGAGUUGGGCCCUGCAAAAAAACAGUGGGACACCAGUGAACUUCUGAAACACAAACAGAUGGCUGACAAAACUAAACAAGAGCUAAAACUUAAGGAUUUUCAAAUCAAGAAGAUGGAGGAUACAAUCCAUGGAUUAGAGUUCAAAAUGAAGGAAAGGGAUCAUAAAAACAAAAGUCUUCAAGACAAGGUGAAAGAACUGGAAUCACAGCUUAUGAUUGAGAGAAAGCUAGCGCGUCAACAUGUUGACUCAAAGAUAGCUGAGCAGCAUCAAAUGAAUCAAGAGCAAAACAAUUCAAUUUUGAGGGCAACACCACUCGCGAAUCGACCAUUAGCAACUCUCAAGAAUUGUAACGAUCCAACAAGUGGCGGAAAUUCAGCUAGACCCUUAAUGGAGAACAUCAUCUCAAAACCUUACAAUAUACCCUUUUCUACAAUAGAAAGCUCCAUCAAGUACAUUGAUCAAAACGAGAAAGAAAACAAUCCUGACAUGGCCGAUAACAAAUCGCUACUUCCAAAAAGGACAGCAAGAGCUUCUUUAUGCACAAUGACACCGCGUGGCGUUCCUUCUGCAACUACUUCAAGGAGGAACUCUCUGAUUCCUCUCCCAAGUUUAACACAUUUUCAAACACCAUUCAUUCCAAUGUUAACAAACCAAGAAGUCAUCGAGGAAUCAGAAACAAUGCAACCAUUACAAGGUCAUUGUGAGAGUCCUAAAGAAGUGAAAAGCGGUGUUAAGAAGAUCGGUAACAUAUUAAGAAGAAGCACACAUAGAAAAGGUCAGGUGAAGUCUCCACUACAACAUAUGAGAAAAGUUGGUGGUGUAAAUGUAGGAAUGGAGAAAUUGAGAGUUUCUAUUGGAAGCAGAGGGAAAUUGGCACAAAGAGGGGUGCAAGCUGGAAAUGCUAGAAGAGGUGGAGGUGCUAAAGAACAGAAGAAUAGUCAUAAGGACAAGGAAAGAGGAUGGAUAUAG